AUGAGUGAUUUCAAAAACCUUCAGCAAGCGAAUGUUCCCUUGAAUGCUGCCCCUACCGUCAGAUAUAUGUGGGUCUGUGAAACAACACAAAACCUCGGAACUCCCAGCAAUUACCAGCAGCAGGUACCUACUAUGUAUCCUUUCAAUGCCCUCCAUAACUCCCCAGUGUUUGCUUCGCAACACAAUUUCAAUCAAAGGCCACUCGCAUUUCCCGAAAACUUUCAAACACAACAGGCAUUCUGGCCUCCAAGCAAUGCUAUGUUUCAGUCCGCAUCCAAUCUAAGCCCCGUGACUGUAACCGGAUAUGUAGUAGCUAACCCACAGUUUCUUCAGAACAGUGCUCCUAACCAAGCAAACAUACUGACGACAAACACGGUGGACAUAACGAAUCAGUUGUUUUCUACAGCCAACGCCUCUUCUCAGCCGGUGUCCCUAGGCCUUGUAAAUGAUGGCUACCAGCCAGAGCAAAUCUGGUUUAAUCAGCAGGGUCAGCAGCUUCAGAACAACCUACAACAACAGGAUCAGAUGGUGCAAAACAAUUACCAGCAACAUGAUCAACUGCAAGAAAAUAGUCUUCCGCAACAGGACCAAGUGUUGGCAAACAGUCUUCAGCAACAGAAUCAACUGCUGCAAAGUCACCACCAUCAACAAGAUACACUGCUGCAGAACACACACAACCAACAGGAUCAGUUGUUGCAAGGCAGUCACCAUCAACAGGAUCAACAGUUGCAAAACAGUAACUACCAACUGGAUCAGCAGCUACAAGAACAAACCAUCAUUCCUUCAAGCCAGCAACCCAUUAACGACAACGGUACUUAUUAUGUAAAUAAAAACAGUUCCACCCAAGCUGUAAGCGUUAAAGAUUAUAGCACACAUGGAAAUGAAAACAUCAGCGAUAAAGUGCCAGAGUCGGUCAAAGAAGCACAAUGGCGUGAGGAUUCAUCAGACACCAUUGGUCAUGGUUCACUCGACAUACGCCCAAAAGCUCUUUCAGACUAUUUACCAACAACUCUGAACCCCUCCUUGCAAAUUAAGAGUUCCCCGAGGGGAAAGGAACCAACAUCUUCAGGUUCAAGUUACACGUUGAGCGAGACAAAGAUCAAGGAACAAUUUGUUUCCAAUGAGCCUGAGGUGCUGUUGAGACGAAAUGACAGUCAGAAAAAUAGUAUGAAAGAGGUCUACCCAAAGCCCCGAAACAAAGAUGACUGUAUUCGAUGUAACACAAAAGUGUAUCCGAUGGAACGAAUGGGUCCCAUAAAAGACGCCGUCUACCAUAAAAGAUGUUUUACUUGUGUAAGCUGCGGGACAACCUUGAACUUGAAAAACUUUCACCACAACCCCAACGAAGCGGACGACCCCAGCGUGUUCUGUGCAUCUCACCGACCAAAAGAAAGAGCACAUUCAUGCGAUACCAACACGAUGUCCAUUAGGUCUGCACUGACAACACCAAAGUUGGAUAAGGUAAACGGACAGAUUCGAACUGACAGACAUCCAAGCGAAGUACUUGCCAGAUCUGGCUAUAAUCUACCAACGGCUAGUGGACUGAACUCGACUCAAGAAUGUUUCUAUUACGGCAUGGAGGUUCAAGAAAGUGUACCUUCCUAUGCAUUCCAGAAAUCAGGUUCACAAGAGUAUGUUAGUGAGAAACAUACCGUGUACGUCGAAGACCAUUAUACACAUUUCCAACAAGGGAAUGAGCAACUGGAGCGGCCACAGGAAGAACAAAAUCGGCAACUGCUUAGCUGUGAACAGACAGCACACGCUCAAAAACAGCAACUGCAAGAAAUAGUUGACCAAGACAUGCUGCAAUGUGGAACUCUUGAAAGCAACAUGAAAUUGACUGCUGACUUGGGGAGCUUGACAAUAUCCGGGAAAGAUAAAACAUCACUGGCACUUGCCGACAACCAGAAAGAAGACCUGUUUUUAUACUCAUCCCAGAACAUUCUUACAAAUGAAAACGACAAUAAAGACAAACAAUUGUCUAUGCUAUCAUUAGACAGUUCCAUAUUAUCUUCUUCGAGUAACCAAGAAAUUAGUUCAGCAAAUAAGUUUGAAAGUAAAGUGACAACUCAUUUUGUGCUUGACAAUGACAUGGCCUUGCAGCAGCAAGCGCAGGACGUAGGAAAUACAGACGCAGUGCAGGACAUCAUUACAAGAGAGCGCCCUUCUAGCCAGUCUUCACUAUCACCCUCAUCUAGAUCUAUUUCCCCAAUGCAAGUUCAGACAAAUUUUUCGUUUGUGGAGAUCGAAGAUGGCCGCAAAAGUUCAUCCAGUACCGAUCUAAGCAGUCGAGAAAGAAGCUCUUUCAGCAGUGAUCUUAGCAGCCCUGGAAGCAAUACCUCCGGCAGCGAUCUGAGCAUCCGUGAGAAAAUCGAACUGGGAACUCGGGCGAAAUCGUACUCAACUGACCAGAUUCAGCUGUUCGUAGAAGGUGUGAGGGUAGACCGUCCGAGCAUACACCAAUAUUAUCAUGAUCUGAACACACGGAGGAAGACAGGUUCCUCGGACUCGAUGGCCGAAAAAUCCACGUCAAGCGACAGUCUGGACAUGUCACGGAGUAUCUCGGAUCGAUUCCUGCCAAAGAGUGAACGCAUGCGAUUAGACAGACCUUCUCAAUAUUCACGCGAAGAUGAAUAG